AUGGCACGCCGCAAAAGGUCUUCUCCUCCUUCGGGGUGGCGGACUCCCGGAAUCGCGCAACGUAUAGCAUGUAUGCAAGGCAUCAAGAAAAGAGGGUGUGGUAUACACACCCAAGAGACCCAACGGACUCUAUUUUUUGGUAGUGAGCAAGAAAAAAAGGUACCUAAACAAGACGGGCUGGUUGGUAAGGUAGGUAGGGUAGCUAAGGGAUGCGAGGUGAAAAGAACCACAACAUCUUGCAUAUAUUACAACCACUUUAUACCCCCGUACCGCGCGCAACGUCAGCACGGUUCGCCCAAAAAUUUUUGCAUGCAUUCCGUCAAAGCCGCGCAUCCCAAGCCCACAGGUACGGUAAUCCCCCGUGUCAGGUACGACACACGCAUGCGAAUCCCCAACAAACAACUCUGCGUUAGUGCCACGAACAGAGACGUCACCGAGGAUCUGACGUAG